AGAGAGCGACACUUGUAUUGAAUGCAGUGUUCAUUGUAUUCAUGCAUUCAUUGACAGCUUCAUGGCAAUUGAGUGAUGUUUGACUCAAUCACUGGUUUAACUGUCAUUUGAUGGCAAUUGUAUGACAAUUGACGAGUGAGUUCCGAGUCCAUCACUUGAAUCACACCUCUUGUCAUACAUGCCAUUGUUGGGCGUCCGUUGAACAGCAGACAAAGUGUUAGUAAAUUGAAAAUAUUGUCAAUUAAUUAGGCAUUGAAUUGAUUGUCAACUGAUAUCCACUGAAUGGUCAAUGAGUGCUAAAAACAAACUCAAUCUAAAGCUUCCGCACUCUUCAGUGCAAACCAAUGACAACAAUCUCAUCGACCCAUCCAUAGAAAAACAUGUGGACACGAGUCUUGAGGGGCUGCACAAGACAUUAGAGGGUCUCGAGUUGGAUGAGCAGCAGAGGAAGCGGUUGGAGGUAUUCCUGUCGCAGAAGCAGAAGGUU